AUGACAAAUUAUGAGCAUAGUCAAGGAGGAAGAAUCUGGUUGCUUUGGAGAGAUACAGUGCGUAUAUCUCCGGUAUAUAAGACGGAUCAGCUAAUCACUGUAUCCGUUGCUUUACAAGAUGAAGAAGAAUUUUUUUGCUCGUUUGUUUAUGCAAGCAAUCAAGUGGAAGAAAGAAAGGUGCUAUGGGAAGAUUUGAUCCAUCACAACGCUUCUCCAUUGUUUCAACAAAAGGCGUGGAUCAUAAUGGGGGACUUUAACGAGAUAUUGGAUGGGAGUGAACACUCUGAAUUUGAAAACUUUGGGAGGUUAGCAGUGGGUAUGCGAGAUUUUCAAAGAAUGGCUCUUCGGUGUCAACUUUCCGAUCUCGGCUAUCAAGGACCUCUCUUCACUUGGUGCAAUAAGAGAGACGAGGGACUGAUUUGCAAGAAGCUAGACAGAGUCUUGGUGAACCAUGUGGCACUGCACAGAUUUGGGAAUGCUUAUGCUGUUUUUGAGUCAGGGGGCUGUUCUGAUCACAUGAGGUGCAAAAUUCAUUUGUUGCAAGACUCUGAGAAGAUUCGAAGACCUUUCAAAUAUGUCAACGCCACUGGUAGGCUCCCUACAUUCCUGCCUAUGGUAAAAGAGUAUUGGGACUCAACAGAAAAAUUAUUCCAUUCCACUUCAGCCAUGUUUCGGUUCUCAAAGAAGUUAAAGGACCUUAAGCCGCUGAUUAGGAACCUUGGUAGAGAUCAGUUGGGCAAUCUAUCCUUAAGAACCAAAGAGGCACAUGCGGUACUUUGUGAUAAGCAGAAGAGUACUCUAGCUAACCCAAGUGGGGAGGCAGUUCAGGAAGAGGCAGAGGCAUAUGGUAAUUGGCUUCACCUUGCGGGGUUAGAAGAAGAUUUUCUCAAACAGCGGUCUAAGUUGCAUUGGUUGGAUGUGGGAGACCAAAACAAUACGACGUUCCACAACUCAAUAAAAACUAGACAAGCUCAAAACACUAUGCGGGAAGUCAGAUGCCCAAAUGGGAAUGAUUGUAGAAACUUGGAGGCUGUUGUAACUUCUGAAGAGAUCAAGAAUGUCCUUUUCUCUAUGCCAUCAAAUAAGUCGCCAGGACCUGACGGGUUUUCAUGCGAAUUCUUUAAAACAGCUUGGUCGGUUGUCUCUCAUGACUUCAUAGUAGCAGUACAAUCAGUCUUUCAACUGGGGUUCCUCCCAAAGGGUAUCAACUCAACAAUCUUGGCGCUCAUACCAAAGAAGUCAGCUGCGAUGGAGAUGAGAGACUUUAGACCCAUUGCUUGCUGCAAUGUGAUUUAUAAAGUCGUCUCAAAAAUCCUUGCAAACCGAUUAAAACAGAUGCUCCCGAGGAUCAUUGUUGCAAAUCAGUCUGCGUUUGUGAAAGGCAGGUUACUGAUGGAAAAUGUGAUGCUGGCAUCAAAAUUGGUAGCUGAUUACCAUAAGGACUCAAUCACGCCGCGCUGUGCUAUGAAAAUCGACAUCUCCAAGGCUUUUGACUCUGUCCAAUAG